UGAAAGGGGAUGUGUAGUAUUUUGUUAGCUGAGUAGUAUUUUUACUCUGUGCGUGCGAGAAAGGCGAUAAAAAAAGGGUAGCCCAAGGCGAAGCGCUGCUGGGUUCAGAAGAAGGGUACGAGGUACUUUUUCUUCCUCUUCUUGUUCGUACACUCGCCCCCCUUCACGCCUCCUUAUCCUGGCGAAAGGUUGAACGGUAGGAAAAAAAAUGGAGGCGGAUAGAUCCGGCGGAGGACCAAACCCGAACUCCGGAGGCGGCGGCGGCGGCGGAGCGGGGCGCAACCCGAACGGGCCCAAAGCAGCACCGGGCCACGGGACGUCAGCCGCGGCCACCGGAGUGAUGGCGGCGGCGGCAGCCGGGGCCAUGCCCGGGUCGUCACAGGCUCGCGAGCUACAGGACGGGGACUCGGGAAUGACGCUUCCCGGGAUCCUUCACUUCAUCCAGUACGAGUGGGGACGCUUCCAGGCCGAGAAAUACCGCUGGGAGGCGGAGAGAGACGAACUCAGGGCUCAGGUGGCAUUCCUACAGGGUGAGAGGAAAGGGCAGGAGAAUAUGAAACAGGACCUGGUGAGGCGGAUCAAGAUGCUGGAGUAUGCCCUCAAACAAGAGAGGUCCAAGCAUCAGAAGCUGAAGACGGGAAACGACCUUAGUCCCGGAGACAAGAAACCAGAGACCGAAGCAGACCAAGUUCCCAACGGGCCAACCGAGUCAGAGUCUGAGCCGGCCAAUCAAAUGUCUUGGAAGGAGGGACGUCAGCUACUACGAAAAUAUCUUGAAGAAGUGGGUUACUCAGACACCAUCCUGGACAUGCGAUCGAAGCGCGUGCGCUCGCUGCUCGGGCGGAGCAGCCCCGAAGCUAACGGGCCUCCACCCAGUGAGUCCUGUCCCGAGCCGGAGCAGCGAGCGGGCGGAGAGUCGUUGUUGGUCCGACAGAUAGAGGAACAAAUCAAGAGGAACGCGGGCAAGGAAAGCUCAAAGGAACGUCUGGGCGGCUCGGUGCUCGAUAAGAUCCCCUUCCUGCACGGCUGCGAGGAUGAUGAUGAGGACGACAGUGACGAAGAGGAGGACUUCCAAGGCAUGGCCACAGACUGCAUCGACGGGCCAAGAAAGAACAAGAAGUCGCGCGUAAAGAUGGGUUCGGAGCCCAUGACCACAGACCUGGACCCGGAGGACGAGGAGGACGAAGACGACUCGGAAGAUGCCCUCAGUGAAUUUGACUUCCUGGGCUCGGGGGAGGAUGGGGAGGGGGCGGGCGAGGCCCGGAUCUCGGGGGACGGACGGGAGUUAGAGAACCGCAGGAACAAGUUGCAAGGCAUGAUGUCGGACUUCCCCCCUAAACCUACCCCGCCCCCCUCUGUAUCAGGACAGGCUCGCCCUGGAGAAGGUGGCGCUCUGGGGUUUUCCUCUGACGUCUUCAUCAUGGAUGCUGUCGGAGGAGGAGACAUGAACCUCGGUGAACUGGCCGACCUCACCGUUGCCAAUGACAACGACCUCUCGAUGGAUAUGCAAGAUAACAGAGACGAGUUCAAGAAGACGUGGAACCCUCGUUUCACACUUCGCAGCCACUUUGAUGCCAUCCGCGCUUUGACCUUUCACCCCAGUCAGGCGGUGCUGCUCACAGCCUCUGAAGACGGCACACUAAAACUAUGGAACCUCAACAAGUCCAUGCACUCUAAAAAGAAUGCAGCGCUGGAUGUUGAGCCCAUCUACACAUUUAGGGCACACAGUGGAGCCGUUCUGUCGCUGACCAUGGGAGAGGAUGGAGAAUCCUGCUACAGCGGCGGUCUGGAUGGAACCGUCAGAUGUUGGAAGAUGCCGGACCUCAAUGUGGAUCCUUACGAUAAUUAUGAUCCGGGCAUCGAGAGCAGCGUACUAACCGGCCACGAGGACAGCGUGUGGGGUCUAACCUACUCCGCGGUCCACCAUCGUCUCGCCUCGUGCUCAGCCGACGGCACCAUUCGCAUCUGGGACCCUCAGAACUCUGCUCCCUGCCUGUCCGUCUUCAACAAGGAGCGAGAGAAAGGAACGCCCACCUCAGUGGCCUUUGUGGCCACUGACCCCAACCAGGUGGUGGUGUCGUUCGAUGCGGGCGAGACGCUGCUCUACGACCUCAACACCGAGCAGAGCGUCACUGCGCUAGAGACACAGACCAAGGAUGGCAGUGAGCUGAUCAACCGCGUGGUCAGUCACCCAUCUGAGGCCGUCUCCAUCACCGCACACGAGAACCGCACAAUCCGCUUCCUAGACAACAACACAGGUAAAGUUGUCCAUUCAAUGGUGGCUCACCUGGAUGCGGUCACCUGUCUCACUACGGACCCUAAAGGCACUUACCUCAUCUCUGGAAGCCACGACUGCUCGGUGCGCCUGUGGAUGCUGGACAACAGGACGUGCGUGCAGGAGAUCACGGCCCACAGGAAGAAGCACGACGAGGCCAUCCAUGACGUGGCCUUCCACCCUUCACAGCCCUUCAUCGCCAGCGCCGGCGCAGAUGCACUUGCCAAGAUCUUUGUCUGACAGCACUGUCGUCAUUCCGAGACCUACAAAAACAUCUGGGCUAAAAGAGACUGAAGACUACAGUGGACAUAUUUCGCCUGCUUACACAAAGAAAUACCCACACUUGCAAACAAACACCCACACACACAGUUGUCCUGCACCCCACUGGCUGGGUCAUUGCCACAGGACGUCACCUCCUCUCAAUUCUCCACUCUUCUCUGCUGCCUCAGUGACUUCUUGUAAUACUAAUCACUGCUUUUUUUAUAAGAAAAACCAACGCUGCUCGUUUUUUAAAUAAGCGUAUUUGGAGUAACACUUUUCUACACUACAAAAUUCCAUUCUGCUUUGUAUUCAUUUUACAAACACUUAUUACAAACCACCUCCUGUGCGUGUGUGUGUGUGUGUGCGCGUGUGUGUGUGCGUGCGCGCUUAUGUAAACAGGUGGUACACUACCCACAUGGAUGAACCACAAAGGAAACGCUCGCACUGCACAGCGCACAUGCACGCAUUUCAGUUGAUCUUCAUUUAGCAAAAUGAUGGCUGGUGGCUAAAAUCCAUUUGUAGACCAGACUAAUACGCGUUAUCUUUCCCAGUGAACCAACCUCUUCAUUGGGAAUCAAUGAUUUACAUUCCAAAGACUCAGUAGCGUGUUCGUGCGUGUGUGUGUUGGAGAAUGUUAACUGUGUUUUGCGUGUGAUGGGAGGAACCAUUAGACAGUGGCUAGCCUGUGUUGAACAAAUAGCUUUAAUUCUAACGUCACGGCCAAGUCGUCGUCGUCGUCGUAUGUUUGAGUAUUACAAUGUCCCCGCGAUGUCACUCUGCUGUACAAGACUUAACGGACACAUUUCCACAAUCACGGGCCAUUUGGAUCUCUGCGCGGUGACGCUCUCGCGACACGUUAACCAGCUAAAGGUGGAGAUCGCCAGCGUGCAGAUGGAGUCAGCUGACCUGCAGCGGGCGCCAGGUGCUUUUUUUACUGUACAGAAGAGUCCAUUUAUGCGCUAGUUGAAAUCACGGUGCUAUGACCGACCUCGUCAGGAUCAGGGACCUGUUUUGUGUGAGCGUGAGGGGAAGAGGGAGCGCGUUUCUCUCUCCUCGGGGCUAUCAAGGGAAUCCGCUUUUCUAAUGCGAUUUCAUCGGUUCGUUAUUUCAAAAGCUGUGGUCGCAUUUACGAAUGAACCAGUCGCGUCUCUCGUGAGGACGUGUGAUUGUGUGAGGGAUGUACGAAUGAUGGUGAUUUUACGGACGCAAAACAUUUCCUCAGAGGAGAACUGUUCAGAUUGUCUUUUUCAUUUCAUUUUUCUUUUUUUUGGGGGGGGGGGGGGUGCAUGCUUCUGGCUCGUUUUUAUUUAUUUAGGCUUUCCAAAAAAAAAAAAAAAAACUUACCUACAGCUGUAUGUAGAGGGGAGGUUCCCUUGUCUUUGAUCAGUUGCACAGUAGCACAUUACCCCGAGAGCUAAUGAGUGUGUGUGUGUGUGUGUGUGUGAAGCCGGUCUCCUCUUUUUAAAGAGGGAAGGAGGAAUGAGAGAAAGAAAAUACAAAAUAAAAAUAAGAGUCCAUUUUAAGUUCAGCCACAUUUGCCAUUAAAAAAAGAGGAAAAAAUACAAGAAAGGAUUACUUUAAAAGAUGGUCAGGUGUCUCUUCAUAUGAACACAAGUCCAAACUUUAGGGUUCUGCUAUUUUCAACGUUACCCAGAGCGACCCUUUGGCUUAGGUUGAAAUAUUGUUCCU